AUGCAGUUCAAGUCUUUGGGAGAGGCCGUUCAUCUUUCUGGGCCGUUGCAACUUAUGUGGAACAGGAUUUCCUUUUCUCGGCUCACUAUCAUUUAUUUCAUAUUCUCCAUCGCCCAUUUUAUCAUUCAAUUGUCGAUUCAAAUUAAGGCAUUCACUAUCAAUGCGGAGGCAGCCCAUUUCCUCUCCAACAUAGUCAACGAAGCACAAACGACCAACAAUAGUCUCCCCCUUCUGAAUGGCCCCAUUUUACGGAUGUGUAGUUGGGUUCCUUCCAACCUGAAUGUCGAUGUUGCUUCUUGUCCUGUCAUUUGGAAUGGCACCGCUUCUGAAAAUGACAACUUCAAUAAUAUUGCAAUUGCAACAGCGUCUUCGGCCCAACCUUUCAUUUCAUCGACCUCAUCGGCGUCCUCCGUACUGUCAUACGACACAAAGGAAACAGCAGUGGUUUCUUCAGCUAGCGUAACGAAAAGCACGUUUAUUUCUACCACGCUACCUAGUACUCCAACCACCAUUCGUGUGCUCUCUACCCAAACAUCCACCCAGACUGUCACUGUUAUUGCUACUGCAAAAGUCACUUCCGUGGCCGAUGAAAGCGACACACGAACCGGUAUCCCACCAUUGACGAGUAGCCCAGACGAUGAGGGUGCCGAUAUCGACAAUGAUCCUUUCCAAUAUCACAACUACCGACGUGGCGUUCAGGUAAUUCCAUCUCGAGAAGGCAACACGGUCCAGAUCACUUUGGUUGGACUAGUAAAUGAUCAAAAUGUUACUUUGGAUAACGAUUGUCUUUGGGCACUCAACUGGCCGGUCUCUGUUUUGGGUAAUACCAAACGCGAAGAUAUGGUAUUCAUGGCGUUCCAGGUUUGGGUGUUAGGCAUGUCUAUUGUCGCCCUCAUGAACGAAUCCAUUCCCCAUAUUUUGGCCUCGUUAGUCACGCAUCUAAUGGCGACCGGUUGGGCAGCUUUCCAAAUUAGCCAUACUGCCGAAUUCCAUUCAGACUUUAAUCGUGUUAUCACCCAUGGUGCAUGUAACAAAGUUUCCCUUCUGCCAACUUACUGGGAAGCUCGAAGCAAGGCAGAAAUUCCAAGCCUCGCACUGAAUGUUAUUGCUCUAAUCAUAUCAUCGUUUCUGACUUGGAGGCUCAUCAAGUUGUUUGGAUGGCAAACAUUCAAACGCGUUGGAGCAUCGUUGACUAUCAAUCGCAUUUACAAACUCGUUUUGAUUCUUUCGAUAACCAUCCAACUGUCUUUGUUCUUUAUGAUUGUGACGGUUUCUCUGUGGGUCGAUCAGCUUCUCAACAGCGUAAUUGGUGAUUUCGCAACAUCCCUAAAGUUGUACAAGGUGACAUCGUUCAUAACCUUGGCUUUGUUAAUUCCCUGGUUAAUGACUGGAUGGUUUGCCGUUCGGCGAGAACUUCGCGUGCCAAUGAUUAUAUUCUUGUCACUUUCGGUUCUUUACUUGAUUGGCUGGGGAGUCAUGUUUAUUUCAACUACAUUCCGAUGGACGUUCAGAACCUGGAUUUUCUUCUCUAUCAUGGCAUGUGCUUCAGUCUUCCUCACGUUUACUUCCAUCGUAUUGGGAAUUAUAUGUCGCCUCAAUUUCGGAAAGGGGUUAGCUCGCUAUUUGAAUGCUCAUCAACCUCUCGAUGAGGAGGAUGAUCUAAACAGAUCGUAUGGUGGUUCCGAUUUCGAGAAAGUGGCUUUCCCAUCGUCGGAGAAGCCUCUUCCCACCUACGCUUCAUCAUUCGAUGACUACGAAUCUGGAUAUGUGCCUUCCCUCCAUUACGGCUCCACACAAGGCCCACGAUUCUCCAACAAGAAUGCGGAGCCAUUCGAGACAGGAUUCCAAGGGAUAUCAAUACCUGCACCCGCACUUCAACGUAACAUGAAUGAAGUCCAAGUACACCGAGCGAACAGUUAUGGUAGUACCAAAAGCGGGGGCAGUCAUCGGUCCCAGGAAAGUAGUAGUAGCUCUCAUUUAAACCAUAAACGCUGGGUCAUUGAGUGA